AAAAAGUAGUCUGUGCCCACAACUUUCCUCGUCCGUCCCCUGACUUAGCGUGGUCGACAAGCUGGACGCACCGUCUCACGUACCGGUGAUGGGAUCUUCACUUGGCUCCAGGAAAAACUUCCAGUUUUUUCGAGUGUUCGCUCUUGAAAAGUUUCUUUUCAAACUGAGGGGAUAGUUGUUGCUGCUGCAAGGUGCAGCCUGACGUCCACUACUGGGAUACAUGGGAGCCAAGACGCACCCGUUGGGAGCCAAGACUGCGAUAAGCCGUGCGUAAAUGUGUGCGUAAAGUUGUCGACGCGUAAUAACACCAAGUUAUCUCAUUGACGUCUAAAUAUUCGGCAACCAUGGCGAAAUGGUUCAGAGAUUUCCCCAUCAACUUGAAGAACGGCAGCGAACGGGCCCGCUCGGCCUCCGAGUCCGGUCCCCAAACCCGCCACAAAGCUUCAUUCUCCCGGGACAGCCUGAAGGGAAACGCGCGUAAGGAUGGCGGCGUGGCCGCGUUGCUAGCCGGGAGGACGAGGAAGAAUUCAGCCACGGAGUUGGGCCGCAACAACAACAUCAACAGCGGCUCGGCCGGGGGAACCGUGUGGGAAACCCUGGCGCCGAAAAGCCGUAAGAGCCCCAGCAAGGUGGAGGCACCGGAAGAGAAGGCUCCGGUCAGCAGGACCUCCAGCUUGGCCCAAGCUUACAUUAGCAGGAUGAUUAAAGUGGAGAAGCAGGACAAGACGCCCAAAGUGAACGGGAUCACCAAGCAGACGAAGCCCGAGAGCGAAAAUGGAAAAUCUGCCAUCAAAACUACGCUGAUCAUCCUGGAGGACUACGCGGAUCCUUUCGACGCAGAGAAAACCAAAGAGCAGAGAGAGGCGGAGCGAGCUGGCGUCAACGAUGGCUACAUGGAACCUUACGAUGCCCAGGUCAUCAUCACAGAGGUCCGCAGACGGGGCUCCAAGGACCUCCUCAAAGUCUGCGUUCUGUUGGACCGAGGCCAGGCGGAAGGGAAGCCGGAGGAGGGCAAGCAGCCCCCGCCCCUGAAUAUCUACGACACGCCGUACGAGGGCAGACUGGAGGGCGACAGCGAGGGCGUGUGGAUCCCUGUCACCCGUCCGGAGUCUGACAUCCGGCCGGCCGGCGAGUACGAGCUUCCCUGGGAGUGGCGGAAGGAGGACAUUGUUCGAGCCCUGUCAGCUCAGUUUGAAGCUGUGGAUUGUUCCCCGACUAAAGAGAACGCUUCCAUCUCCAUCCGUCAGCAACAGCAGAACCAAACUCCCCGACAGAAGAACUGGACCCAUAAAACACUCGUCUCCACCUCUUCAUCCUCCUCCUCAUCCUCUCCAUCUUUCCCGUCAUCACCGAUCCUUAAACUUUCCCCGAUAACGACAACGUCUCCGAACUUUCCCACCCUGAAACUGUCACCCUCUUCCAGCCCGAACAAACCAUCCUCUCCCACCUCGGGGGGCGCCCCACCGGAUGGGGAGGCGGCCAAAGUGGACCCCGGUCUGCCAUUGGACAAGCAGGGCUGGUACCACGGGAGUGUGAGUCGGCCGCAGGCUGAGGCUCAGCUGCAGCGCUGCAGGGAAGCCAGCUUCCUGGUGAGAGACAGCGAAUCAGGAACCAGCAAGUACUCCAUCGCUCUCAAGACCAGCCAGAGUUGCGUGCACAUCAUAGUCGCCCAGACGAAGAGCAGCAAGGGUUUGGGCUACACUCUGGACCAGAGCAGCUGCGUCUUCUCCAGCAUCCCCGAGCUGGUCCACCACUACUGCACGCACAGACUGCCUUUCACCGGGGCCGAGCACAUGACCCUGCAGCAUGCCGUGCAAAGGCCGCACUCAAUGUAAAAGGUCAGCGCGUAUACCGUACGCGAGGACGCGCUGCUUCGGUCUUGUACUUUGGGAUGACUUGAAUGUGAUUGGCCAAUUGUUGGGCAUAAUACCCUCGUCGCCAUAGCGAUGGAAUGAGCCAGAAUGGCGUCCUUUAUUCCUGGAUGUUCAAAGCGCGUCCUAAAAAUUGCAUUCCAAAUUGCGUUCCAAAUAUGAAAGAGGACCUAUUAUGCUUUUUCCACUUUUAUGAACUAUAAAUGUUGUUAGAAUUUUGUAUUCUCAUAUUAAACAUUGUCAAAGUUUCAGAUGACGCAGGAAACUUCAUGAUCUUUUUUGGAAGUUGUUUGGGGUGGAAAGCUAAACGCUAGCUUUUUUUCUACCAGCUCACUGGUAGGCUCACUGUGACAUCACAGGACUUCGUUAUAUAUGGGUAUUCCCGGGUUCAAGCUAAAUUAAAACAGCGUUUCGGAAAUCUGAGGAAAUACAGCUGGAAUAGGUGCAGGUUCUGGAAGAUCUAGAAAGCUGCAUUGGAAAAGGUAUUCAACGCUCCUGAACCACGUGACACACCAAACCACAGAAGAAGAAGAAGAAGCUGUGAGGUCUGCGCGCUAACCACUCGACCGCCGUGCCGCCCUGUACGAUAUAUAUAUCCCCAUAUUUUUACACAAUAGUGAACCACACUUCCUUAUAUGGGCGUACCAAAAAACGGGUACAAGCUGUUAUCUGUACAAACUGAGUGGGACCAAUCACAGUGCAGUGGGCAUGUCUGGAGGCGGGCCCUGGGCGGAAUGAAUUAAAACUGACUGUUUUGGAAAUCUGAGGAAACACAGCUGGAAUAGGUGCAGGUUCUGGAAGAUCUAGAAAGCUGCAUUGGAAAAGGUAUUCAACGCUCCUGAACCACGUGACACACCAAACCACAGAAGAAGAAGAAGCUGUGAGGUCUGCGCGCUAACUACUCGACUGCCCUGUACGAUAUAUAU